GUUUUGCUUUUUGGUUGAAUGUUUGUAUUCAUUUUUGGUUACCGGCCUCUAAAAUUUGUCGUGAUAAAGCAGCUCCAAAUGGCUUCUGAAGCAGCGGCCCCUGGCCAUGGCGUGGAGACGGCGACACUGGCCAUGUCCUGAUUUUGGUUUCCGGAGGCCAGGUUCGGCUGUGUGCACGGCGUACUGCGCACCAAAGUUGGCUACGCGGGGGGACAAGAUGCCCGACCCGCCUACCAUCGAAUCGGUGACCACAGCGAGUGCAUACAAGUUGUGUUCGACCCAGCCCUCAUCACGUUCCAGCGCAUUCUCGACGUGUUCUGGACGGGCCACGACCCGACGGUGCCGAUGAAUCGCCAGUACCUGUCCACUAUCUUCUACCAUAGCGAUGAGCAAAAGAGAACGGCGGAGGAGAGUCGUGACUCGCGGCAAGCAGUUCUAGGGAAGAAUAUCGUCACACGUAUCAAGCCACUCGUCACGUUUUACGACGCAGAAGAUUACCAUCAGAAGUAUCAGCUGAGGCAGAUGGCACCGGAGGCGCUCGCUCUUCUCGGACUGUGGACUGGGGAUGAGGUCAAGGGCUCGCUGACCGCGGCCCGGCUCAAUGGCUAUAUCAGCGGCUACGGUAGCGAGGAGGACUUCGACCGGGACUGGCCGCGUUUCGGAAUCCAUGACGACAACGUGAUGGGAAUAAUACGGAUGAGGUGUGCGCCCGCUUCUCAGCUUUAGUCCCACCGAGUGUUUGUCACAUGAUGAACACCACUGGGUGCAAUAGAUUGGCGAGUCACAAACGGAGGGAGUGAAUGCUUUCACUGCUGUCACGUUGCACACCGUCAUAUUCAGCCGAGUGGAAUUAUUCUGGCUGAAUGAUGCAGCGCUGCCGUGUCUUCAUAACUAAUGGUGCUUUCCUCAGGCCAUGUCGUCAUGCCUAUCGUUUCUUUGCUCAGGCCGUUUCGUCAUGGCUACCAUUUGCCGUGCUCGGGCCGUAUCGUCAUGACUACCGUUGCGGUGCCCAGUCUUGUGCCUGGCCAGCGUGCGGAGAUCGCGUCCUUGUGUGCAACCUCUGUCGAUCGUUAUUUUCUGAUAGUGCAUGACUGUGCAGUGGUGGCAGUGACUUCAGACCUCGCCCUGUUUAUGAUGUCCAGUUUUGCACAAUCAGCAUUGUUCGCUGACGCUGCCGGUCGGAAAUUUUGUGGGUGUUGCUGAAUCAUGGCCAUGCUGGUCAUAGAUGUACUCAAGUGGAUAUUAGUGCUGAGUCGUUAUCAUACUCAUUGGUUUGAGAGAAUGAUGCAGUCAUUUUUGUUGGUUAUACUGUAAAUUAAUAGAUAUUAAUGA